AUGGCUCCUCCCCCUCCUCCUCCUUUUCCUCGAAGCCCCACGGCCAUCCUCGACCACGCAGCCCAACACCACUACGGCGUGCCCGCCAUGUGCUGCUACAACGUGGAGGGCAUCCUGGCGACGGUGCGCGCGGCAGAAGCAAAACGCUCCCCGGCCAUGAUCCUGUUAUUCCCCUGGGCAGUGCAAUACGCAGACGGGGUGCUGGUGCACGCCGCAGCCGAAGCAGCACGCAACGCCUCAGUGCCCGUGACGGUACACAUGGACCACGCGCAGAGCCCCGAGAUGAUCCGGCGGGCGGCCGAGAUGGGCGGUUUCGAUAGCAUCAUGGUCGACAUGUCGCACUACGAGAAAGCGGAGAACCUGUCGCUGACGCGUGAGCUGGUCGCGUUCUGCCAUGAGCGCGGGAUCGCCACCGAGGCUGAACCGGGGCGAAUCGAGGGCGGAGAGGACGGCGUGGCGAACACGGCGGAUCUGGAGGGCCUGCUCACCACUCCCGAGGAGAGUGUCGAGUUCGUCGAAACGGGGAUCGACUGGUUGGCGCCGGCUUUUGGGAACGUGCACGGCGAGUAUGGGCCUCGCGGCAUCCGGCUGGAGUAUGACCGGUUGGCGGCUAUUCAGCGGACGGUGGGCGAUAAGGUCCGUCUGGUGCUUCAUGGCGCAGACCCAUUUACGGAGGAGAUCUUCCGCAAAUGUAUCGAGUGCGGAGUGGCCAAAGUGAACAUCAACAAGGUGCUCAACAAUGAGUACGUGCGUGUGCAGCGCGAGAUGGCCGGCCGCGUGCCCUUGACCACCCUCCUUGAAGAGACCACCAAUGCCAUGCAAAAGGCUGUCGAGAGGUGUAUGGAUAUGUUGGGCUCGACGGGAAUGGCAGACUGA